AUUGCACUCCAGUACUGCACGAAACCCGCUGGACAAACAGUACCCACAUUCUGACCUCGAGGUACCUUAACCGAAACGAAAUAUCCUCUUAGAUAUGCAAAUUACCUGUGCUUUCUCAUUAGAAACGUAGGUCGAUUUUGGAAAUAUGGCAAAAGCAUUCGGAUAUCUACUAGCGCUGCUAGGAAUAGCUACAAUUAAUGUUUCAGGGGAGAAGAAAAUCAACACCUUGUGCUAUGGCCUACCAACUUACAUUACACAGACGCCUAGACCAUUUACGUGCAGAUUGUGGCAACCGAACUGGGCAUCAGAGACGGUUUUUGAACUGACUUUUCUCCAUUGCCAAGAAAUACCAACUGUCCAACUGUUCAUCAGGAAUUUCUACGGAGUCGACGAGAUAAACACGUAUUUCAAUCCCAAGUACAAAAAGAUCAAGACUAGACUGUACACGGGUGUCUUGGCAAGACUGGAUCUGGACUUCAAAAUCGUGAAAGGAAACAAGAAAAUAGGUGUCAGGCCUAGCGUUCGGGUUUUGGUUUAUCUCGUGCCAGAUCACAAAUUUUCCCCAGAGAAGCGGCUUCUUCUAACUGGAGUGUAUUAUAGUGACAUAAAGGAUGACUGCAGCUUCUAUGACUCAAUGUCACUUCAUUCAAAAAUUUUCGCGGCUCUCGGUCUGGUAGCUGGCCUCAUUAUCAUACCAAUAGUUGUCACGAUAAUAAGACGGUGGCACAGGAACAGAGGAAGCGGUUCACAGAAGAAAACCUUCUGUGUUUGGUUCUUCAAGUGUGAUCAAGGCCUAGAGCAUACUGGAAGAAACGGGUUCGUGUUACGAGAUAUGAAUGGACAUGCAGCCACAGACAGGUUGAUUUAGUAAAUUGAUUCAGGUGGUUCGGGUAAACAUGACAAAUAAUCACGAAGUGACGUCACUGUUUGGUGUAGGGCUCAUUGCCUCUAUGAGGCCUGAUGUCCUGUCAUUUGGUCAGUUGUUGACAAGCUGGGACAUAAAGAGGACCCUUACAAGAAACAAUGUUGAGUAAUAUGGUAGAUACUAGCUUGAGAUAUUCAACAUAAUUUCUCUCUUCUGCAAUCUGAAUCGAUGCUGAGAAAUCAUGUAGAUAUUCCGAGGCAUUUGCUGAUUACGAGGCAUUAACAGCAAAAGCAUACCACGAGGUCGGGAAUA